AUGAGACGGAAAUGUAAACCUUGUCAGCUUAAGGGUCUUGUAUGUACAUGUAUGCUUGAGAUGUCCUGGGUUUCUGACUCCGAAGCUGCCCAAAGAGCUCACAUGACGCAACUUCAACGAGAACAAGAUCAGAAAGUUCCAAUUUCAGAUCCCCCUAAUGUUUUCAAACUCGUGAGAAGUGCUUCAUUUAAUUACUGGACUUUUCUUGGAAAUUAUCUCGUCACUCUGAAGUUGUUAAGCUGUGCCCGUGGGGAUGCGAAUAAAGCCAUAUCCAAGCCAAUCGCCAGUGUACUUCCGCGGAGCUGUUUGCGCAAUAAAGAUCAGAUGGACAUGAAUACCGCUGUCGCCAUCUUCCGCAAAGAAUUAUUAAAUGCAUUGCCUGAUGAUCCCGUUGUUGCGACCCUCAUACCUGAGCACUAUAGAUAUUGGCGUCAAAAUCCUGCAGACAGCUUACUCAAGUUCCCAUCUGCAAUCACUUUUUCUCCAAAGCACAGCCUUCCCUUUAUUUGCGACGAAAAGAAGUCAAACGUUUUUAUGGCAAAUUUGCACAAUCCUGUCUGUGUUGUCCCAGUUGUUGUUGCAAAAUCGUGAGUUUUCAGUCCUCAAGGAAUUGUCGUCAAAGACGAUAAGUUGGUAGUAUUAACAUCUGAUCGCACAUCUUGCCUAAAGAUCAUUGAUAUCAAGUCUCUGUUGAAUAAGGGUCGUGCCUUGUUGCAACUUGACACCAAUGAUGACGAUGCCACAGAACUUGUCGCAGCGAGCAGUUCAAACAGUAACCCCGGGAAAGUUAAGGUCUACGAUGUUUCUUUUCGGUCAAACACUGACUAUUAAACUACUGAUUUUGGACGCGUGGUUUCUAUAACAACAAAUCCUAGUUCAGAGGGUGAAGAACUUACCGAGAACACUUCUUUCCUCCUACUCAGUUUUGACAAGAAGACUAUUUGUAAGGCGUCAAAUUUUACCUUUGCACUUGACCAGAAGUGCUAUAAGGCGAACGUGGAGAUUCUUUUGGAACUUCCAACAGGUCAACCGCUUUGCAUUUAUCAAGAUCCACAGGGCCUCCUUGUGUCACUACAUAACUACGGAAUUAAACGUAUCCGUUGGCAAAACGAGGCUUUACAGAUGUCAAUUGUGUUGAAGAAAAAUCUUUCGUCAAUUCUCGGGCAUCGGAAGUACAGAGGAAAGGUUGCCAAGACCACACAGUAAACUUUUUCAUCGAAGAAGAGUCACGUAUAACGUACUCUCUGGGAACCGUCCAGGGUUUCCAGGACGGCAACACAGUUGCCUUCAACUCGGCGUCUUCACUUGCUUCGUUUGGCGAGACUAUCUUCGUUUGUGACACAAGUGACAGAGCUGUCAGAAUAAUUACAAAUCUCACCACUUAUAGGCUACUUGGAGAAAAAAUGGAUUCGUUCAUUGACUUCUUUCAACUAAGAGAAGAUUCGGGUAAAGAACAUCACCACCCUACAAGUCUGAAU